CCAAGGUCGAGAGUAGAUCAGAAAUGGACGAAGCAGCCCAAGAGAUGCAAUCUCAGGCCCAGGUCUGGAAACACGUCUACGCUUUUACCGAAUCACACACUCUCCGGUGCGCUGUCGAGCUGGGGAUCGCCGAUAUCAUCGACGGCCAUGGCCGUCCGAUCACCGUCCCCCAAUUGGCGGCCCGGAUUCCGGUCCCAUGCACCGUCGAUCGCUUGCAGCGACUAAUGCGUUUCUUGGUAGGGAUGGGAGUUUUCCGAUAUGGUGAGAUCGACGCCGGCAGCGAGCAGACGUUUGGACUAACUCCGGUAUCGGAAUUCCUCGUGAGAGGAACUGAGAAAAGCUUGGUGGCGAUGGUUAUGGUGGGGUUUGAUGUCUUGAUGGUCCCAUGGCAUCAUAUGAUCGGAUGCUUGGAGGAGAAUGCAUGUGCGGUUUUCGAGAGCGUGUUUGGAUCGAAGUUCUGGGAGUAUGCAGGGGAGGAGGUGGAGUUCGGCCGGCGGUUGAAUGAGGUGAUGGCCUGUGAUACCAGAUCGACGAUGAAGGCCGUCGUUAAACAAUGCAGGGGAGUGUUUGAAGGUGUGGGUUCGAUCGUGGACGUUGGUGGAGGGAUUGGAGCUGCUGCUCGAGCUUUAGCGGAGGAAUUUCCGGGUAUGAAGUGCACCGUGUUCGAUCACCCCCACGUCAUUGAAUCUUCGAUGGAGUGGCCUGGUGUGGAUUGGAUUGGCGGCGACAUGUUUGAAUUUAUUCCUCCUGCGGAUGCUCUUCUUUUGAAGUGGAUCUUGCAUAAUCAUGGAGACGAAGAGUGCCUGAUGAUUCUCAACAGGUGCAAGGAAGCAAUGCCUGAAAAUGGAGGGAAGCUUAUUAUCGUGGACACCGUUAUCGACGACAGUGAUGAUGCAACCGAUGAAUUUAGCAGUGCCAAGCUUGCUCUGGAUCUGGAGAUGAUGUUGCUGUUCAAGGGGAAAGAAAGAACCAAAGAGGAAUGGCAGAGGCUUCUGGGCGAUGCCGGCUUUAGCCAAUGCACAAUAACGCCAAUCCAGACGUCCAUUCACGCACUGAUUGAGGCUCAUCUGUAAUGACAUUUGAUAUCUUCAUCAUCAUCAUUGCCUUGUCGUCGGGUGCUUCUUUUGUAGGGGACCAUCAUCCAUUAAUGAUUCAUGUCUACCCAUGGUCAUGUAAAACCACAAUGGUCCACCAAACCCAGGGCUGGUGAUCUGAUGAUCCACAUGAUCAGCUAUUUAAGAGGGACUUACACAGUUUCUGUGAUUCCCUUAAAGUCUUUAUUUGAAAUGAAUGUAAGACCCACAUGGUUGCUAUUUAGGAGGGAGUAACAGUUUGUGUGAUUUCCUUUAAAGUCUGACUUGAAAUGAAUGUGUAAUAACUGCA